AUGAUGGGAUCAACCUCACCUUCUCCACCAACCACCAAUGGCGAAUACUACCACAACUCCUGCUCCACCAAUCACGCCACCAGCAAUGGCAGCUCGUCAUCGCCUCCCUCAAAGCUUAGAAUCCUCCACCUUGGCGACAGCAUCUGCUACAACCAGGAUAUCGAAGCCCGGAUCGCGUCCAAAUUCGACAUCAUUCACCCAGAUCCUGAGGACCUCCUCCGCAGUACCUUCAUACAAAGACUGAAAGAUAGAACAUGGGGUGAUUUCGAUGCGAUUAUGAAACCCUUCUGGAGUUCAGGCAACAUAGGUCGGUGGAACGACGAGGUCAUACAACAUUUACCUGGUAGGAUGAAGAUCAUGGCUUGCGCUGGAGCAGGCUUCGACUGGGUAGACACUCAGGCAUUAGCUGAACGAGGGAUCAUCUACUGCAACGGCGCCCAUGCCUCGACCGAAUCUGUCGCCAAUGCCGCCCUCUUGCAUAUAUACUCCGUCUUCACCUUUUUUAUGUGGAGCACCACUGCCGCUCGCUCUGGCUCCCCAAGAAUGUGGCAAGAAGCACACACAGACAUACCCUUGAAGGCCCGCAAUCCGCAAGGGCACAAACUCGGGAUAGUAGGCUUGGGCAACAUCGGCUUUGCAAUCGCAAGGAAAGUGCGUGCAGCUUUCAAUAUGGACAUUCUCUAUACCGAUCUCGUUCAGAAGCCCUCACAAGAGCAAGAAGUGUCCGCUACGUUCUACCCGAGUUUGAAUGACAUGCUACCUCAUUGCGACGCUCUGCUUCUCGCCACGCCGGGAGGUAAGCCUAUUAUAACGCCCGACACACUUGCUCGUCUACCUGACGGUGCACGACUGGUCAACAUUGCUCGGGGAUCGCUCGUCCAAGAAGAAGCACUUGCUGAUGCUAUCGAAUCAGGCCAUAUUAGUGCUGCAGCUCUGGAUGUUCAUGAGAACGAGCCCAACGUCAACCCUAGACUGCGGAAGAUGGAUCGACAGGUCCAGCUGACGUGUCAUACCGGCGGCGCAAGUCUGGAGACAAACAACGGCUUCGAGCGGUUGGUUAUGGAGAAUGUUGAAGCCGUGCUGGAGGGACGACAAGCUAAGACAGCUGUAAACUUGCAUUUCAUGCAUCAAACCAAUGGUGAAUCCCAUGUCAACGGGGCAACGACCAAUGGUGUCGCUGCUAACGGACAAGUCAACGGUCAUUGA